ACAAAGCCGGUCGCUCAGAGAGUCGAAGUAAAACUACGUCGCAUUAUCGAUUUUGUUCACCAUGCCACCCAAAGUCAGUGGGAAAGCCGCAAAGAAAGCUGGGAAAGCCCAGAAGAACAUCACGAAAGGUGAUAAGAAGAAAAAACGCAAGAGGAAGGAGAGCUACGCCAUUUACAUCUACAAAGUGUUGAAGCAAGUCCACCCCGACACUGGCAUCUCCUCCAAAGCCAUGACGAUCAUGAACAGCUUCGUCAACGACAUUUUCGAGCGCAUCGCCGGAGAGUCUUCCCGAUUGGCUCACUACAACAAGCGGUCGACCAUCACAUCCCGGGAAAUCCAGACGGCCGUCCGUCUGCUUUUGCCCGGUGAGUUGGCCAAGCACGCCGUAUCUGAAGGAACCAAAGCCGUUACCAAGUAUACCAGCACCAAGUAGAAAGUUUCGUCUCACUUCUGAAACCUCAAUUUUCCCAAAUUCGUCAUCACGGCUCUUGUGAGGGCCACUAAAAAUUGUGAAAGGAACGUAGCAACGUCGUCUUUUACCUGACACAGAUCUUACCAUUAUGUAUAAUUUAUGUAUGAUAUUUGAAGUACUCGUUUUACCUGAAUGUUUUACCGUAAAUAAAUCGUACCUUCGAAACCGUA